AUGUUUUUGGCACGACAAAAUAUUGCAUUUGCCGGAACGGACAAUACGAGUGGCAACUUUUAUGAACUGGCUCAAACUAUUGGUGAAUUUGAUUUGGUGAUGAAAAAUCAUUUAGAAAGUAGCUCUCGAAAUAAAUAUCUAGGCCCCGCAACACAGAAUGAACUCAUCACCAUCGUUGGAAAUAAAGUGCGACAGCACAUAAUCGACCAAAUCAUUGAAAGCAAGUAUUAUUCGUUGAUUUUGGAUUGCACAUCAGACGUGAGUCGUCAGGAGCAGAUGACGUUUGUUAUUCGAUAUGUACACUUUGAUGUCGACAAGCGAUUUUUUCAAAUCAAAGAGAGUUUUAUCGAGUUUGUUGAUGUCAGCGAAACGACUGGAAAGGCGAUGGCCGAUAUCGCUGUUAACAAUCUAAAUAAACACAAAAUCGAAAUCAAAAAUAUGCGAGGUCAGGGAUACGACAACGGAUCGAAUAUGAAAGGCAAGCACAUCGGUGUACAAGCGCAAAUUCAAAGUAUAAAUCCGUUGGCUGUAUUUAUCCCAUGCUCAAAUCAUACAUUGAACUUGUCAUUGAAUGACGCUGCAUCAGCCUCUAUUGAAGUUUGUGCUUUCUUUGCUACGGUACAGAAGAUUUACACUUUUCUUUCAGCAUCAACUACUCGUUGGGAUAUUUUGAAGAAGCAUUGCACAUCUAUUCAUGAUUUGGUGCCAAAAGCAUUAAGUACAACACGUUGGUCGGCGCGAUUAAAUGCAAUUAAGCCGCUUCGUAGAAAUCUCAAUAAAAUCCUUGCAACACUCGAUGAAAUCAGCAAUUCUGAGUCAUUUGAACCAUCUGUACGGUACGAGGCGGAAUGCAUAAUAAACUUCAUUGAUUUUAAAUUCAUUUGUUCGGUCUGUAUAUGGCACGCAAUAUUGGAAAAUUUUGACCGCGUAUCAAAACUGAUGCAACGUAUUGACAUGAAUUUAAGCGGCGUUGAAACUCUCUUAUCUGAUAUUAGUCAGUUUUUAGCUGAAUACAAAGAAAACGGAUAUGAACGUGCUAUUACAGAAGCCACCGAAAUUGCCGAUGAAUUGGAAAUUCCGGCGAAUUUCGAACAAACCCGAAGAGGAAGACCUCGCCGAAACGAGACAGAUCCGGAAAAAUUGUUCAAAGAAAACUUUUUUGAUUUUGUUGUCGACGUUGCAUCCGAAUCGAUUGAGGAUCGAUUCAAAGUGAUUAAUUCACACAGCAAAUUGUACGCGUUUCUUUAUGAGUAUAAGGAGUUCAACGCACUCUAUUCAAGUGGCGAAUUGAUUACGCAUUGCAAACUUUUGAAAGAAACUCUGACUCACAACAACGAAUCCGAUAUCGAUGCCGAGGAAUUAUGUAACGAACUGCGCAUAGUUGGCAAAAUAAUGGAAAGCCACCAAAUUGAACAUACCAUCGACAUUUUGAAUGAAAUCGCAAAAAAGAGAUUAGAAAACUCACUACCAAAUGCGGUCAUUGCCUACAAGAUCCUCCUGACGCUUCCUGUAAGCGUUGCAACAGGAGAACGCACCUUUUCGAAAUUGAAGUUGACCAAAACGUACUUACGAAGCACAAUGCUGCAGGAACGACUCAGCAAUUUAGCGAUAAUUUCUAUUGAACAGGAUGUAGCAAAAACAUUGAAUUACGAUCAAAUUAUUGAUGAAUUUGCCCACCUCAAAGCUAGAAAAUGCAAUUUCGAUUAA